UAUGACACCAUCACUUACUUUCUUCUCUUCAAAGAGAGAUUGAAUUCCUUUUGCCUUGUCAAAAACUUAUGUACUUCAGUAUGCUGAAACUAUUCGUAGUUUUUGCCGUUUUUGUUGCGGCUGCCCAAGUAUCCGCCACAUGUUCUGAUGAACAAUUACGGAAAUGCUUGUCGAAAUUUAGACACUUGUCAGAAGCCAAGGAUAGUAAAGAGAAGAUAUGUAGGGUCUACUUUGAUAUUGCAAAGUGUCUUGUCCUGUCUCACUGCAAAUUACGAAGAUAUGGUGGUCUAUUUAAGGCCACAAAGGAAGCCUGUGAGGGUAAAUGUGAACUCACUAAGGUGGUAGCAUGCAAACUUGAAGUACACAGUGAUAUGAUAAAGAAUAAUGGUUCUUACUGCUCGUACCAUCCGAAAUAUCGUAAAUGUUUUGAUAACACUGACUGCAAAGGCUUGAUGGAUGCUCAGGAUAAAUUGAUGGAAAAAUACUGUGGUAAAUAUUAGUAUUCUUUAAUUAUU